AAUGCUCUCUCUCUUCCUCGCAUCACCAUCCGCGUCGCCAUCGCCGGCGCCCGUCAGGAUCCGGGUCUGCACCAUGGGCGGCGAGGGCAUGUGCAGCGUGGGCGCCGGCGACUCCACCCUCGCCGCCCUGCGCUUCCUGGCUCCGCGCGACGGCGUCGUGCUCAAUGGGUGCUCGUGCCUCGCGCGGUGCGACCGCGGCGUCGUGCUGCAGCUCACCAAUACGGGCGAGUUUGUCGAGCGCGUCAACGACGCCGCCUCUGCAGCCGACGUGCUCCGCCGCGCCGGCGCGGAGGUCGACCCGCGGCUGAUCGAGGCGUACGGCACAGGCGAGCGCGGCAGCGAGCACGACGAGGAGGGGCGGCUGACGGAGGCGCUGGACGCGUACGGGCGCGCCGUCCGGCUGGCGCUCGCGGCCGGGCUGGGGCCGCAGUGGCGCAGCCUGCCCUCCUCGGUGCUGCGCGUGCGCGAGCGGCGCGGGCGAGCAGGCGCGCCGACGGCGGAGCAGGCGGCGUGGCUGGUGCAGCUGCUGGUGCGGCGGUCGCGCGUCUACACCGGGCUCAGCGGGCAGGGGUGGGUGCGUUCGCGCCAGCGUGCGCUCGAGGACGCGCAGCAGGCGGUGCAGCUGCUGACGCUCCUUGACGCGGUGCUGCCGGACAGCCGCGCGGACGCGGCGGCGGCGCGGCUCUCGGAGGAGUCUCGCGCGCUGGCGUGGGCGAGAGACUCGCCGCGGCUCGCGAGGCGUCGUCCACGACACGUCCACGACCCGUCCGCGACGCCCGUCUCGCAGGAGCGGCUCGCCGAGGCGCACGAGGCGCUGCGCGACAUCUCCGGCGCCAUCCUCGCGUACGAGCAGCUGCUGCGCAUCGAGCCGCCCGACGACCCACGCCUGGCGCCGCCGCUCGCGGAGCUGGUCCUCAUCUCGCACCGGCGCGGGCUCGCCGACGCGGCGGAGGUGCGAGAAGGGCUACAGCAGGGCCUGCAGCAGGUGGAGCAGGUCUCGCGGGAGACGCUCACCCGCCGCGCUCUCGAGGACGUGGAGAGCUUGCGCCGUGUCGUCGACGAGGACAUCGGGCUGCUCGAGCGCGCCGCGGCGGAGUACGAGAUCGGGACGGGGCGCGGACCUCGCAGCUCCUUUGCGUCGCGGGCGAUGCGCGACUUGAGCACAUUGCGCAAGGUCGCCUUCUCCGACAUCAACACGCUGCAGCUCCAGAUCCUGCGCGGCGACCCGACUGACCUCGAGGAGCUCGCUUCGCUCAGCGCAGGCGACGUCGCGCCGGGUCAGCAGGCGUACUGGCUGCGCGCCCAGUUCGAGACGGGCGCGCUGCCGCGCGACCCGCUCUUUGUGCGCAACCUCGUCGAGCAGGCGCGGAGAGACCCGCGGAUCGUCUCGCGGCUGGUGGCAGACAUGGCGGCGAACACGGGCGGCGCGCCGCCCGCUGUCGAGCCCGGCCCCGACGGGGCCGACGACCCUGCGGGCGCCAUUUGUGACGAAGUGUAA